AUGAGAAGGAAGAUGAAGUUAUUGAGGCAGGACAGUAAAAGCCCCACACCCCAAGACUUCAGUGUUCUGGCCCAGCCUAAGCUGGGACUUACAGACCUGCUGCUGAGGGCUGCCCAGUCUCUACUGUAUUUCCUCAUCUGUUUCCAUGUUAUUUCCCACCAAAGGCUGUUCCUGGGGGAAGCUCGGGUCCCCCUCCGAGAACUCCUCACCAACCCGACUUUGUCUGCCAGCUUCAAUGCUCCACUUCUGGACACCAAGAAACAGCCGACAGGGGCAUCUCUUCUGCUCCAGGCAUCCUAUACGCCUCCUCCUGGAGCUGCUCCCCUGUUCCCUCCCCCUACGCCCAUGGACACCUCUCCUUCCCUGACUGAGAUGGACACAGGGGCUGGUAUGGGACAUAGCCAUGAGGAGACGUGGUCCUUGCUGAGUGAGAGCACCGUGGACACCAGAUACUCCGGGAAGAAGUGGCCAGCCCCUUUGGACACAGGGGGAGAGGAGGACUUAGAAGACCAGGGUCUCACUGGAGAUGAGACAGAGCCAUCUCAGGACAGGAGUGCUCCCCCCGGGCCUGGGGCACCGGCAGCCCCGAAGAAGCUCCCCCCGCACCCACCGCCCCACCAUCCGGGGAUCAGGAGGAAGAAAGGCACGGCCAAAAAGCUGUUGUCGGACAAGCCUCAGGACUUCCAGCUCUGCAGUAAGAUUUUGGAGAAGACAGCCCAUCCUCAGUGGAACCAAAGUAUCACGCUGCCAGCCAUGUUUCCCUCAAUGUGUGACAAGAUGAAGAUUCGUGUUAUGGACUGGGAUCGGGUCACUCAUAAUGACAUCGUGGGCACCCAUUACCUGUGCAUGUCGAAAAUAUCCGCCCCCGGAGGAGAAAUAGAAGAGGAGCCAAAAGGUCUUUUGAAGAACCCAGAAUGUACCUCUGUGUUUGAUGAUGGGCUGGGCUUCCUCCCCACCUUUGGACCCUGCUAUGUGAACCUUUAUGGCAGUCCCAGAGAAUUCACUGGCUUUCCUGACCCUUAUGAGGAACUCAACCUAGGCAAGGGAGAAGGUGUGUCUUAUCGUGGCCGGCUGCUGGUGUCCCUGGAGACAAAGCUGGUGGAACACACGGAGCAGAAGGUGGAAGACAUUCACUCAGAUGACAUUCUCCGGGUGGAGAAAUACCUCAGGAGGAGGAAGUACUCACUCUUCGCCACCUUCUACUCGGCCACCAUGCUUCAGGAUGUCGAUGAUGCCAUCCAGUUUGAGGUCAGCAUCGGUAACUAUGGGAACAAGUUCGAUACGACCUGCCUGCCCCUGGCCUCAACCACCCAGUACAGCCGGGCUGUCUUUGACGGAUGCCACUACUACUAUCUGCCCUGGGGCAACGUGAAGCCCGUCGUCGUGCUGUCCUCCUACUGGGAGGACAUCAGCCACCGGACCGACGCGCAGAACCAGCUGCUGAACAUCGCCGACCAGCUGGAAGCCGGCCUCAAUCAGGUCCACGUGGCGCUCCAGGCUCGGCUCUCCGCAGAGGACCUGGACGGCCUGGUGGCUCAGGUGAUGGACAAGCUCAUCUCGGACUGCAGCCAGCCUCUGGCGGACGUCAGGGAGAAGCCUUCGGCCACCCACCUGGACCACUACCUGCACCGCCUCCGGACCAGCCACCUGAGCCAGAUGGCGCAGGCCGCGCUCGAGCUGAAGCUGGCCGGGGCCGGGGCCGACCUGGCCGCCGCCCUGGAGCAGGCCGAGGACUGGCUGCUGCGCCUGCGGGCCCUGGCCGAAGAGAAUGGGGAGAAGGUGCUUCCCAAGGAUGACAUCGUUUGCCCUGUGGGCUGGAAGUGGGAAGACGAGGAAUGGUCCACGGAUCUCAACCGAGCUGUUGAUGAGCUAGGUUGGGAAUACGGCCUCACCAUCCCGCCCGACCGUAAGCCGAAGCACUGGGUUCCGGCUGAGAAGAUGUAUCACACCAGCCGACGGCGGCGCUGGGUACGCCUACGAAGGAGGGACAUCAGCCAGAUGGAGGCUCUGAUAAAGCACAGAAAGGCAGAGACAGAGGGUGAAGGAUGGGAAUAUGCUUCUCUCUUUGGCUGGAAGUUCCACUUGGAGUACCGGAAGACAGAUGCUUUCCGCCGUCGCCGAUGGCGCCGUCGCAUGGAACCCCUGGAGCAGACGGGCGCCGCAGCUGUCUUUGCCCUUGAAGGAGCCCUGGGUGGCGUGGUAGAUGACAAGAGUGAGGAUUCCAAGUCCGUCUCUACCUUAAGCUUUGGAGUCAAUAGACCUACAAUCUCCUGCAUCUUUGACUAUGGGAACCGCUAUCAUCUCCGCUGUUACAUGUACCAGGCCCGAGACCUACUGGCCAUGGAUAAGGACAGCUUUUCUGAUCCGUACGCCAUCGUUUCCUUCCUCCACCAAAGCCAGAAGACGGUGGUGGUGAAGAAUACACUGAAUCCCACCUGGGACCAGACGCUCAUCUUCUACGAGAUUGAGAUUUUUGGGGACCCCGAGACUGUGUCAGAGAACCCCCCCAGUAUUGUGGUGGAAUUGUAUGACCAUGAUACCUAUGGUGCCGAUGAGUAUCUGGGGCGCUGCAUCUGUCGGCCGAGUCUGAAUCAGGCACCGAGGCUGACGUGGUUCCCCAUUUUGAGGGGAAGCCGGGCUGCUGGGGAGCUGCUUGCAGCCUUUGAACUCAUCCAGAGGGAGAAGCCGGCGGUCCAUCACAUCCCGGGUUUCGAGCCGAAUGAGCUCUCCAGAGUUGUGGAUGAGACUGGAGACACAGACCUGCCAUACCCUCCUCCCCAGAGAGAGGCAAACAUCUACAUGGUCCCCCAAGGCAUUAAACCAGUUCUUCAGCGAACAGCCAUUGAGAUCCUGGCUUGGGGCCUCCGGAACUUGAAGAGCUACCAGCUGGCUAGUAUCACCUCCCCAAGCUUGAUAGUGGAGUGUGGGGAUCAGGUUGUGCAGUCUUGCGUCAUCAAGAACAUCAAGAAGAACCCCAACUUUGACGUUAGCACCCUCUUCAUGGAUGUGCGGCUGCCUCGGGAGGAGCUCUACUGCCCCCCCAUCAUCAUCAAGGUCAUCGACAACCGCCAGUUUGGACGGCGGCCUGUGGUGGGCCAGUGCACGAUCCAUUCCUUGGAGCAGUUUCUGUGUGACCCGUAUUCGUCGGAGAGCCCCUCUCCUGAGCUGGGCCCUGAUGAUGUGAGCUUCCUGAGCCCCCGGGAUGAAGUGCUGAUCGACAUCGAUGACAAGGAGCCUCUCAUCCCUGUCCAGGUAUAUGACACUGAGUUGGAGAAUGUGGAAGGCUUUGAGGGCCUGUCUGAUUUUUGUAAUACCUUCAAACUAUACCGGGGGAAGACCCAGGAGGAGAUGGAAGACCCAUCUGUGAUUGGGGAGUUCAAGGGACUGUUCAAAAUCUACCCCCUUCCAGAUGACCCGGCUGUCCCCUUGCCCCCGAGGCAGUUUCACCAGCUGCCUUCCCAAGGGCCCCAGGAGUGCCUGGUCCGUGUUUAUAUCAUCCGAGCUUUUGGCCUGCAACCCAAGGACCCCAAUGGAAAGUGUGACCCUUAUAUCAAGAUUUCUGUGGGGAAAAAAUCGGUGAGCGACCAGGAGAACUACAUCCCCUGCACUCUGGAGCCUGUGUUUGGAAGGAUGUAUGAGCUCACCUGCACUUUGCCGCUGGAGAAGGACCUCAAGGUCACCCUGUACGACUAUGACCUCCUCUCCAAGGAUGAGAAAAUCGGGGAGACGGUCAUCGACCUGGAGAACCGAUUCCUGUCCAGGUUUGGCGCCCGAUGCGGUCUGCCCCAGACCUACUGCACCUCCGGACCGAAUCAGUGGAGAGACCAGCGUCGCCCCACUCAGCUCCUGCAUCUCUUCUGCCAGCAGAACAAAGCCAAAGCCCCCGUGUACCGGCAGGACAGCGUGGUGUUCCAGGACACAGAAGUGACCCUCGAGGACAUCGAGAACGGCAAGAUUCCGAAUCCACACCUGGGUCCAGUGGAGGAGCGGCUGGCCCUGGCUGUCCUGAGGCAGCAGGGCUUGGUACCCGAGCACGUGGAGACCCGGUCCCUCUACAGCCCUCUGCAGCCAGACAUUGAGCAGGGCAAACUACAGAUGUGGGUUGACCUAUUUCCGAAGGCCCUCGGGCCACCUGGACUUCCAUUCAAAAUUACACCCCGCAAAGCUAAGAGAUUUUUCCUCCGAUGUAUUAUCUGGAACACCAAAGACGUCAUCCUGGAUGACCUCAGCAUCACUGGGGAGAAGAUGAGUGACAUUUAUGUGAAAGGGUGGAUGCUUGGCUUUGAGGAGCACAAGCAGAAGACAGAUGUUCACUAUCGCUCGCUGGGAGGAGAGGGCAACUUUAACUGGAGGUUCAUCUUCCCCUUCCACUACCUGCCUGCCGAGCAAGUCUGCCUGGUCUCCAAGAAGGACCGCUUUUGGAGUCUGGACAAGACGGAAAGCAAGAUCCCUGCCACUGUCGUAUUCCAGAUCUGGGACAAUGACAAAUUCUCCUUUGAUGACUAUUUGGGUUCUCUUCAGUUGGAUCUCAAUCGGAUGCCCAAGCCAGCCAAGACAGCUGAGAAGUGCUCCCUGGACCAGCUGGAUGAUGUUUUCCACCCAGAACAGUUUGUCUCGCUUUUUGAGCAGAAGUCAGUCAAGGGCUGGUGGCCCUGCAUGGCUGAGCUGGGAGAGAAAAGGACCCUUGCAGGCAAGGUGGAAAUGACUUUGGAAAUUGUUCCUGAAUCAGAACAUGAAGAACAGCCUGCUGGGUUUGGCCGUGAUGAACCCAACAUGAACCCCAAACUCGAGGAACCAAAGCGGCCAGACACAUCCUUCCUCUGGUUCACAUCCCCAUAUAAGACAAUGAGAUACAUUAUCUGGCGAAGGUUCAGGUGCCUCAUCGUCCUCUUUGUCAUCCUCUUCAUUUUGCUUCUCUUCCUCGGAAUCUUCAUCUAUGCUUUUCCGAACUACGCUGCCAUGAAGCUGGUGAAGCCCUUCAGCUAACAGCUGGCCCCCUGCCUCUGGAGGUGCCCCCAGGGGGUGAGGGGCCGCCUCCCGGGGGCCUGAGGCUCCCUUCACGACCAUCCAGCCCCUUCGAUGCCAAAGGCCAGCCCCAGCUCUCCAAGGGAUCUUGAUGACCAGACAGAGGACGUGGUGGGAAGGUGGGCCAUCCUCAGGGCUCCCAAGCACUGCAGGGCUUUGUCGGAGCUCCAGACAUCUCAAGCACUAGCUAGCCCUCUGGCUCAAUUGGAUUUUUAGAAGAAAAUGGAGUUUAAAUGGCCAAUGUGGCUCAUCUAGGGGUGUGUGUGUGUGCGUGUGGAGAUGCUCCUGUGUGUGUCUGUCUGCCAUGAUGUUCUGGGGCUCCUGUAAGUGGGACCUGCCAGGAUGCUUCCUGCUUCGUCUCUUCUGGCUCCCGGGCCUUCCUCUCUUCCCUCCCAAUCUUUGCCUUUUUCCUGCUUUUCCAACCGCAGGAUCUUAGCAGUGACCCUGGAGCCCCAACCCAAUGCGAGAGAGCUCCCUUCUCCAGCCUCCUUACCAGGGUUUCUCUCUAGCCUCACCUCCUUUCACAAGCUUUUCCUCCCUUGUCAUCGAUUCCUUCUUUCCUGUGGGUUGAGCUGGAUGGGAUCCCUGCUUUCUCUCCUCCCCUCUCAAACCAUCCCUUUUCUUCCCUCCCAGCCCUUUUCUUGCCUUCUCAGAGCUACAGGAUAUCAGGGGUGGAAGGGACCUCAGGGGCUAUCCAGUUCAGUCCACACUUGGACAAAAUUCCUCGGCAAAUGCUCAAUCUUUUGACCAGCAGGCAUUUAUUAAGUGCCUACGGUGAAUGUGGGCUACUAGAUGGCACCAUAGGGCACAGAGUGGUGGGCCUACAGGCUGGAAGACUCAUCUUCAGGGGUUCAAAUCCAGCUGCAGACACUUGCUGGUUGUGUGACCCUAGGCAAGUGAUUUCACCCUGUUUGCCUCUGUUUCAUCAUCUGUAAAAUGGGCUGCAGAAGGACAUGGAAAACGACUCCAGUGUCUUUGCCAAGAAAACCCUCAAUGGAGUCAUGAAGAGUUGGGCCCAACUGAAAAAUGACUGAACGACACCAACUGUGGAUGUACGAGGCACUGUGCUAAGUUUGGGGAUAUAAAUUGUCAAAUCAAGUCAAGGAGCAUUUAUUAAGCACCCACUAUGUGCCAGGAACUGUUCUGAGUGAUGGAGAUACAAAGAAAGACAAAAAU